GCUACGCCAUUAAGAUACGGAGCGGUCAUUCAUGGGGACGAUGUGUUUUUGUUUGAAAAGAUCUGCUCCACAAGCUUGCAAGGGAUUAAAAAAGAUAUGCAUGGAAUUCCAGUAAAGCAAUACUGGUAUUUAAUGUUGGCUGUACUACAGAUCACUCGGUCUGGUAUAGGAGGUGAGUCGGAUAGCUACAAGAAGUAAAUAUAAACACCAAACUCUUACAUCAGAGUAUGUUGUACUUCUACUAAUCGGCAUGUUGUAAACUAACACCAGAAUGUGGGCUAAGUAAAGACAGUAGGAAAUGCGCUCUGGCUGAGCUUUGGAGUAGUAAAAAGCUGUAUGUGGGUGUGUCAGUGGAGUAUGACAGGCUGACUGUCGCUCCUACGCUGACAUGCAAAGAACAAAUGCGCCCCGGCGCGCGCACAGAGAAACAUGGCCGGGUUCGGCUCAUUUCUCAGAGUCAGAUGAGGACUGCAUUGAGAUCCUUUUCAAAACACUCCUGUAACCUCCUGUGCGAGCUGGAAGUGCUCGAAAGAGAUGUGGAAUGCGCUCGGAACCGGCUCAGGUUUUUACAGUGGCGGAGGCUACGUGUGUAAGGCGCACGGCUGGGAAUUUGUGCCGUGCUCCUUGCUGGAGAGGGAAGGGGACAGGAAACGCAGUCGGAGUCCACUCCGUGGAGUGACCUCUACGGCCUCUGUAGGGCAUUUUUCCGAGCACUCUGGAGUCGGACGUGCAGCGUCGCCCUCCGCAGACCUGCCAAACCAACAUUUACGACUCAGAAAGAGGUUCGAGGAGCUCAGGAGGCGUCACGGUCAGCAAAAAGACGCCUGGAUGAAAGAGAAGGAAAUGCUUUUGAGAGAAGUGGCAGACGUGCAAGGCGGAGAGAACAGACGGAUAUUGUUGGAUCUGAAGACGUUGUUGGAGGAGGUGCAGUCCGAGGUGAAAAGGGAAGAGAGUAAACGCAGCGAACUCCAGCUGCAGUACACCAAGGACCAGUGCGCAUGGGAGCUGGAAAAGGCAGAGCUGAAAUGCAGAAUUGCACAGUUGGAGGCCAAAGGAACAGUGAAUAGAAAGACUGGAGAUACAGUAAGAAGGGAAAGAGAGGAAGAGCGGAGGCUGUUGGCAGACACUCAUACUGCAGCAAUGGACCUGCGCUGUCGGCUGGAGCACAGCGAGAGGGACUGGGCGAGGGAGAAAUCGGAGCUUUUGGAGCGCUUUGAUUUGGAGAGGAAGGAGUGGGAGAGUCAGCUAAGGGACAUGCAGCACAAGAUUGAGGAGCUGUACAAUGAAGUGAAGACUCAUCGAGAGAAAGGUGCUUUUGGACCAAACAUCGGUGCACAAACCACUGGCAUAAGGCUCAGUACACAUUCUGGCAGCACUGUAUCCAGCACUCUGACUGACUCCUCAGAGGCCCACAGCAGCAGUUACUCUGAGCCUCUCACCCAGCAUAGGCAUAGCAGCACUGACUCCAGUCGUAACUGCAGUGAACCCAUUGGCCAGCAUUACAGCAUUCAGUGUGAGCGAUCAAAGCAGAGUAGCUCCGGGAAGUCUGAGUAUAAUGAACUUGAGGCCAUUAACACUCCAGAGCUAGAAGAUAUUCUUCAUGUAUGCCUUGUGAACAAGCCCAUCUCCGGUGCACAAAAUGAUCUGCUCACCUCCUGCCCAGGGUUUCAGAAUAAGGACAUCAACUGUGCGACUGAUAAAAAGAAGAACACAAUGGCUCUUAAUGCUUUAAAUAUAUUUUUACAGGCUCUUAAAGAAAUUGCUAGGGUUAGUGAGGAGCUGUGCAGCUACCAGGAUGAGAUCAGAAAGAAGUCUGAUGUCAAGAGAAGCCAGACUGAGUCAGUGUUCUUUCCAGGAGAUGUUGAGGUGGGUGAGAAAUGUAUGCUGGAACCGGGCGACACUGAUUUUAACGUGAAUGAGUGGUACAAAGAUCUUCAAGCCCUGGACAAACAGAAACGGAUUAACUGGGACGAUGUUAAAAAGGAUUCAACCAAGACUGAAAGUGACACUGAACUACCUGUAAAGAGAAGAGAUGUUCCUCCGAUACCGUUCAGGAGCACAUCGUGGUACAUUAACAGCCCCUCGGCUACAGAUAUACCAUCCAGUGCCCCGGAGCCACAGAUGCGCAAAACAUGCCGAAGCCCUUGCCUUCACAAAAAGUGCAACAGCCCCUCGAUCGUGCGAAGAUUUGAGGCAAUGCUACAAGAGAACGAGGGAAAGAUUCUGACGGACUCUGGGAUCGUGCCCGGCCCAGUGCCUCAUGAUUCCAAGUGCAAUAUCAGCUGCUGCCAGAGCCGGUGGUCCUGUGAUGGAAGCAGGUUUGGCAGCAGCAAGUCAUCCACAUACGUGCCUAUCCAAAAAUGUCUCUCAGAAGUUAAUAUAACAGCUACAGAGGCUGAGUGCAGUCGGAACCAGAUAGAUGCAGACAGCAAACAAAACCUGAAGGAAGAGCUUCAUCUCAUGGACUCAACACCCAAGGGCGUGGCUGCUGUCUUCCUAACGCCUCCAGACAAAACGUCCAUUAACACCACCGUCCCACAGAGAAAUGAGAUGCUAGAACGGAAAACAGCUGAGUUCAAUCGUAUCCUCUUUCAGGCAGGAAUGGGCUUUCAGUGUGAUGAAGACAGUCGCUCAGCAGAUGUGCACUAUACAUUUAAUAGUACCACUGAGGGCAAUCUGACAAAGGUGCCCCUAGAUGUUACAACACAGUAUUCCAUAAGAAAGUAUGAACAGAUUGCUCCUCAGGUAUCACCACAGUUAAAGAACCAAACAAAGGAUUCCAGUUCUGGCCCUAUAACUCUGCAUCAGGAUGUAAAGGUGAAGAAAGCAAUAUCUGGUCAAUCACAGAAUCUAGCAGUGAAACACAAGGACUCAAAGUUUAAAUGCCGGCUAUCACAUUCAGAAGACAGACAACCGUCCAUCACUCAGUUUGAUAAAAGCUUGAGGACAAUCAAGUCAGAUUUAGACUUGUGUCCGUCUAAGCUAACACAUCAGACAGAGAAAUUCAGUAAAGUACAGUCGGUCACUUCGGGUCAGCAUCCUGCUGAAAUAAAACCUAAAAAGCCUGAACGUACAAAACAGGACAUGCCUAACACAAGGUCCAGAGUUUUGGAUGAAAAUCCUUGGAAACCUUCGACUUUGGCUGCUUACCCUCGUCCACUAGAGUCCCGGUCCAAUUAUGGGGCAAUAGAGAGGAUUUUGAAAAGUUAUGAAAAUUUGGGCCAAUCACAGCAAGGCAAGCAAUUGCAGUCUAAUCCAGGGAGGGAGGAGGACCUCACAGAGCUCUUGAAUUUGCUUGAAAUCCAACAUCAGUCUAGAUCCAGUGAACGAGUCACACACACACCUCACCACCCAACUGUAGCACACAAAGAAGCACAUGUAACAGUGAAGCAGAGCAAAGAAUCGACAGUAACCGUCAAGAAGAGUUUCUCUCGACCUGCUUGUCCUGCUAAAAGACGUCUACCCUCACGCUGGGCUAAUCGCUCUUCCUCCACUUCAUCUACAUCCUCCCCGUCUCCCUCGCCAACAAUACAGCCCACCGUCUCCAGCUCACAGCAAACAUUCACCUACUCUGCUUUUCACACAGAGACAGUCAUCAUGUAAAACAUACAACCACAUGUGACUCAUCAGAGUCACACACAGAGUCAAAACGCUGCUUCCUUGUCUCUUCCUGAUUACCUUUGUAUAUACCAAUAAUGACUGUUAAUCCAACAAGCUCUUCAAAAUACAGCCUGACUUUUUGUUGCAUUGUAUUAAUUAAGUUCUGUAUUGUCAACAUAUGAAGCAUACACUAUAUAGCCAAACGUUUUUCCAUCACAUCUUAUAUGUGAUUUUCCCCACACCGGUGCCGCAAAGUUGAAAGCAUACAAUAGUGUCUUUGAAUGCUGUAGCAUUACACUUUCCCUUCACUGCAAUUAAGGUGCAUAUCCAUACCCCAGCAUGACAAUACCUUUGUGCACAAAGCAAGCUCCCUGAAGACAUGGUUUGGAAGAAUCUAUGCGGCCUGCACAGAGCCCUGACCUGAACACGUUUGGAAUAAUUUGGAACAUGCCGUGUGCCCAAGGCUUCCUUGCCAUACAUCAGGUCUGCCCUUAUCAGUGCUGUAGAGGCUAAAUCCCAAGGCACAUGCCAAAAUAUUGUGGAAAGACUUCAUGGACGAGUGGAGGUUAUUAUAAGAACAAAGCGAGGAUAAAUCUGGAACGAGAUGUUCAACAAGCACAUAUGGGAGUGAUGGUAUGUGUCCAUAAACCUUUGGCCAUAUAGUGAAUCUAUGUAUAUUUCUCUCUCCAGCCAUGUUCUUGAUCCAUACCAAAGGCUGUGGUAAGAAUCAAACAGAUGGAUUUCUGAGUAACUGCCGUGAUAUUUCUCCUUAUGCGUUUAGGUGCCUCCAUUUUUUGACCAUAUUUAAAAGCUCUAGUGCUGAUUAUUUCAAAGAAAUCAUUUGUUAUACUUUCUUUGACUCUCAUCUGAAUGAUUGCCUUGUAUGAAUAAGACAUGUAUUAUAAACUCACUCUGUCUACUUACCUGACGUGAAACAUAUCAUUAAAGUAUAACCUUUACAACCUCUAUGU